AGUAGUAUUGAUUCCUAGAGUCCAUCGCUCAUCAUUCUUCUUCCUGUGAGAUCUUUUUGGAAAACGAAAGCGGGUUUUAGCGUUAGCAGCUUCCACCGUUUCGGAGAAUUUUAUCGAGCUUCAAGUGAACAUGAGUAAACCAAUGGAAGAGGAUACCACCCAGGGAAAGACUGAGGAGGAGGAGUUCAACACUGGACCGCUCUCUGUUCUGAUGAUGAGUGUUAAGAAUAACACUCAGGUGUUGAUCAAUUGCCGUAACAACAGGAAACUCCUUGGCCGAGUUAGGGCUUUUGACAGGCACUGCAACAUGGUUCUUGAGAAUGUCAGAGAAAUGUGGACUGAGGUACCGAAAACCGGAAAAGGAAAGAAGAAAGCUCUUCCUGUUAACAGAGAUCGAUUCAUCAGCAAGAUGUUUCUGCGGGGAGACUCUGUCAUUAUCGUCCUCAGGAACCCCAAGUGAGAGAAAUUGAGAUGGCUGCUCGUGGUUGCUCUUCAUAUGAUAAUUCUCGCUUCUUCUUGUCAAAUUCUAAUUGUUGCAUCAACGGAGAACAUGUUUUGAUUAUGAGCCUUAAACCUAGUAGUGAACUGCUUUGUAUUUUUUUCACUUGUGUUCUUCUAUCUUGACUUGAAAAAUCCCAGUGUUGAGUAAUGCCACUAAACUUUGUAAUAGCAAAAGACAAGUUCUUUUUCUUUUAAAACUGUAGUGAGAGGUUCAUGAA